AUGUCUAGUAACACUAGUGUAUCGGAAGCGUACAUUGAUGAAUCUGUAACGUUUUCUUCCUUACAAUUGGAUCUAAGAUUAUUACAAUCAUUAAAGAAUAGUGGGUAUAAUCACCCAACAUUAGUUCAGUCAAAUGCUAUACCUUUAGCUUUGCAGGAAAAGAGAGACAUUAUUGCUAAAGCCGCUACUGGUUCCGGUAAAACUCUUGCAUAUUUGAUUCCUGUUCUUCAAACGAUCCUGGAUUUUAAGAAAACCACUAAUGAAAAUGAAGAUGUUGGUACUUUGGGUAUUAUUCUGGUACCAACUAGGGAAUUAGCACACCAAGUGCACAUGGUGCUUGAGAAAUUGGUGCUUUACUGUGCUAAAGAUGUGCGGAUGUUGAAUUUAUCUUCUAGCGUUAAUGAAUCGGUAUUGGGCUCUUUACUUAGUGAACGCCCAGAAAUAAUUAUUUCAACCCCAGCGAAACUUCUAGGAGUGCUUGAGGGGAAGCAGUCUGAAUAUGUUUCUCUGGAUGAGCUUAGGUUUUUGGUGAUUGACGAAGUUGACUUGAUUUUGACUUUUGGUUAUCAGGAGGACUUGAUGAAGAUAUCAGGAUAUUUACCACUGAAAAAGAACUUGCAAACUUUCCUGAUGAGUGCAACGCUAAGCGAUGAAAUCCAAGAGUUGAAGGCUAAAUUCUGUAGAUCUCCCGCAAUCCUAAAGUUGAACGAUGAGCAGAUCACCAAGGAUCAAAAGAAGCUAAUACAGUACUACGUAAGGGUAUCAGAGUUCGAUAAGUUUUUACUCGGCUAUGUUAUUUUCAAGUUGGGUUUAAUUAAAGGAAAGACGAUUGUUUUUGUGAAUACCAUUGAUAGGGGUUACAGGUUAAAAUUGGUGUUGGAACAGUUUGGUAUCAAAUCGUGCAUAUUGAAUAGCGAGCUGCCCAUGAAUUCCAGACAACAUAUAGUUGACCAAUUUAACAAAAACGUAUACAACUUAUUAAUUGCUACUGACGACAGUGAAUAUGAUAAAGAAGAAGAAGCUGGAGCUGAGGAGGAGCAACCCUCCGAAGAAUCCCAAGAGAAUGCUAAAACAGAAAAGUCGUCAAAGAAAGCUAAAGACGGUGUCAAGGCAGACAAGGAAUACGGUGCAUCUCGUGGUGUGGAUUUCAAGAACGUUUCAUGUGUACUAAACUUUGAUCUUCCAACUACAGCAAAGUCAUAUGUUCAUAGAAUUGGUAGAACUGCUCGUGCUGGGCAAUCGGGUACGGCAAUUUCAUUUGUCGUUCCUCAAAAGGAAUUUGGUAAGCAUAAGCCAUCUAUGCUAGUGACAGCGAAGAAGGAUGAAAAGAUCAUAAGUAGGAUCAUAAAACAGCAGACUAAACUAGGAUUUGAAAUUCAGCCAUAUUCUUUUGAUAUCAAUCAGGUAGAAGGGUUCCGUUACAGAAUGGAGGAUGGUUUCCGUGCUGUAACGCAGGUUGCAAUUAGAGAAGCACGUAUAAAGGAGCUGAAACAGGAGUUACUUGCAAGUGAAAAGCUGAAAAGACAUUUUGAGGAAAAUCCACAAGAUUUAGUGAGCUUGAGGCACGACAAAGAACUUCAUCCAGCCCGUGUGCAACAGCAUUUGAAGAGGGUUCCGGAGUAUCUAUUGCCCGAAAGUGCAAGGCAGAACAAAGCAAAAAUUGGAUUUGUUCCAUUUCACAAUUCCAAGAAGAAACACGGGAAGGUCCGUAAGGACCGUAAGGACCGUAAGAGAGGCUCAGGCAAAAAGUCAGAUCCAUUAAAGAACUUUAAAUAA